GAGCAGGAUGAGGUCCGGCUCUUUUGGCUUCUUGUUUCCUCACAGCUUGAAAAUCGUUAAUGGAGAGAUUAAUGAACACACUUGGUGAACCAUGGACCACCACACAUUACAGAUACAUCUGUGUGUUCUGUCUCAGUAUGCAGAUGGUCUGGAGUUUAGACCAGGUGACCCUCCUGAAUCCUCCAGACGAGCCUCUGCCGGACCAUCUCUUGGAAGUAUUUUACUCCUGUGAUGAACCUGCUACAGUACAGCUGGACUGUGUUGUAUCUUUUGACACCGGCAUCACUUCCACACUCCUGCUAAGACAGUGGAGCUGCGUCCCCGGUGGCCCUAAAAUAAGGACUGUGGAGCUGAACCUGCCGGAUUGGUUGGUGUAUCAAGCUGAUGGGAUCGUUCCAGACUCCCAGUGGGUGCUGAGCUGUAUGCUGCUAGCAUCCAUCAGAUACAGUGGAUUUUAUGACACUGAGAGGUCUGUCGCUGCUCGGGAUGUGGCAACUUUGCAGCCCAAGCCUUUUUCUAAUCGACCUGUGAAACAGCAUCAGCUGUGCAUGGCCUGGAGCACACACAUGCUGCAGCUAACUCACCAGAUUUCAAAGAAACAGUGCCCUUUGGAGCAAGAAACAGUUCAUCUGCUGUCAUCGUUAUACGCUUCAACUGGAGAAAACUUUGGCAUCACAAAGACCCUGGACCCUUACAGCAGCAAGUCUCUGGACUAUCUGCGUGUUAAAGCCAUCUCUUUUCCAUGGUGUAUGUUCUCCAUCUGGAUAUUUGUAACCAGACACUGCCAGAGAAGAACGUGCGGCGUGUUUCAUCACAUAGACUCACAAAAUAACUACGUCACCCCAACAAUGUUCCUCACAAACUCAGGCCAGCUGCACAUCCAGAUGAACGGGGAGCCCGAAGAGUCGUCUGCAUUUCUCUCUACAUUCAAGGUGCCUUUAAGCGAGUGGUGCCAAAUAAGUGUGAUGGUGAAAGGACGAGUGGUGACUGUGUCCAUGAUGUGCGUGGAUGGGGAGAGGAGAACAGUUCAUUCUACUGAGCACAUGUUUAGGCACACUCUUGUGCUGGAUGACACAGAGGGAUAUUUUGUGAUUGGAGGAGGGAAAUACAUAACAGGCGUGGAAGGUUAUUACGGCCCGCUGGUUUACCACCGCAACAGAAUAUCACCUCACAGCACGUCUGAGGUUGUUAUUCCAGAUAUUAUCAGGACGGUGAACCUGACCGGAUGGCUGCAGACCUGUCAGGCAUUUCAUCUAGAGAUGACUGUGAAAAUCAGCGGCUAUUCACUCAAGGCCAAACAGGGGACAGAGUCUGGUAACAUCUGUUUCGAUGCUUUUCACGAGUGGAUGGUAAAGGACAGACUGCUGUCAGAGUCGCAGUGUGGGCUGUGGGAGGCGACUGUACCUCAGAGAAGACUGGCUGCAAAACUGGCCAAGAUCAUGGCUCUCAAACAUGGAGAUAGAAGAGUUAGCCUGGCAGCUGUGGGCAGAGCGCUGUACUCCUUAUCACUUCAUAAGCUGGGCAGAGCGAGCAGGACUGGAGUGGUCAGCAGAAUAUUACCACUGCUGCUGCAAGCUGGCGGCUUAGCUGAUAACCGAGCUCUGCACACGGCGUCUGUGCUCUACAGCACUGGCCUUGGGGUCAAGAAACAGUCCAGUAAGGCUUGGCUCCUGGCCCUGCUGGCAGCCCAGAGGGAUGAUCGAUUAGCACUUCUGCAUCUCGGGCACCUGCACCACCGGGGUGUCCAUGGCCUCCCUGCAGACCCAGACCUGGCCUAUGCAUAUUAUUCAAAAAUUGCUAAACAGACAACUCUGGACCGUGUGAAUCCAACACCACAGCAGACGUUUGUUGAGGCUGUUUACCUAAACAAUGACGAGGCGUUGAGUCUCCAGACCAGUGAAGACCAUCACAUCUUCCAGUGGCUGAAACAUCAGGCACGCAGGGGGGCCGCUGAAGCCGAGCAAACGAUUGCCCGCAUGCUGUUCUGGGGUCAGCAGGGAGUGUCUCCAAACAUGCAGAUGGCUGUGAGACACUACGAAAGGGGAGCUGUCCACUUGGGAGACCCGGUGUCAAUGUAUGACUAUGGCAUAGUGCUUCUGCAGGGACAUGGGGUUGAAAAGAACAUUCCAAAAGCUGUCAAAUUCCUGAAGAAAGCAAUGGACCAGGGUUUUGUUCCUGCCAUCAGCGCCCUGGCCUGGUACUAUGAGCAGUUUGAACAGGACUACAACACGGCGGUGCAGCUGUGGGAGCAGGCUGAUCUCCUCAAGUGUCCAGAAGCUGCUCUGAAUCUUGGUGUCGUUCACUCGCUGGGUCUGUAUCCAGGAAAAGCUGCUGACCAGUUUAUGGCCUAUCAGUACUACCUGAAGUCUGCAGAGAGAGGGCACAUCAGGGGAGCAGUUCAGCUUGCUGACAUCUGGACCACUGGGAUACCCGGCCGUGUCAACAGACGCCCAUCAGAUGCUGUUUUGUGGGUAAAGUGGGCAGCUGAGCACAACGGCUACCUGGGCAGCAUCUUACGGAAAGCCUUGGAUUCGUAUCUCAAGAGUGACAUGUUCAGCUCGCUGUUGUAUUACAUGAUGGCUGCUGAGAGCGGAUAUGCAGCCGCCCAGUUCAAUGUGGCGUAUCUGUGCGAACAAAAUACUUUUGGUUUUCUGGAUCCUGCUUUUGCAUCAAACUGUAUGUGGAGAUAUUACAACCUGACAAUCCAAAGUCAAAAUCCUGACACAUAUGCGCUGAUUAGGAUGGGUGACCUGUUCUAUGAAGGACACGGUGACAGGCAGAAGGACUUGUUUUCAGCAGCAGAGAUGUACAAACAGGCAGCGCUGAGGAACGAGCCUCAGGGAUGGUACAACCUUGGCCUCCUCGCUGAAGAGGGUUUCAGGCUACCGCUGUCAGUUUUGGCUGAACUUAGCCAUUCAGAGUUGUACCUGACAAACAACAGUUUGCUUCUGAGUGCUUUGUACAAAAGGUGCAGGGACUCAGGAGAUACAGAUUCAUACUUACCCUGCAGCCUUGCCCUCUUUAAUGUGUAUCUUCAGUCUUUCCAGAGGGACUAUAGUGUUGCUAUUAUGUUCUCCACAGCUGCCGCCGUGGUUGCAGCUCCAGCGAUAAUCUUAACCAUCCUCGGUGUGCUCAGGAGAUCCUUCCAGACGCUCAACUAGAAACUUGUCGGGAUCGUCAGUUCAACAAACAGAGCAGCCAAGUCAACCUGCAGACCAACAGCAUGGCAAAAUUCUGUGUUAGUUUACAUACGUUUACUUUGGGAUCAUUGUAAACAACAAAUGUGAUUGUUUUUUAGAUAUGCUUAUUUUUCCUAGUACAUGUCUGGAAUGUUUUGUACGUUUCUCACUGUCUAAAGAACGUUGUGAGCCUCGAGCCUUGAAGUCACUUUCAUGAGACUGUUGAUGGAUCAAAUAUUUUGUUCUUGGAUAUCCUUUUGUCUCCCAGUGCAAUGAUUCUUUCACCCCUGUGGUCCGAUCUGUGAGUGGAUGUCUUAUAGAAUUUCAGGUAAUGAAUGCCCAGUUGUAGCCUCAGUUGCGCCACCGCCACUAUACACUUCAACGUGCAAUAGACAAGUGAUCUCCAGUCUUUUCUACUGAGACAUAAUGCCUAGCAUUUAAAAAUGUAUCUUUAACCCAUAAUGAAUGUCAAGAUGGAGCCUAAUUGUGAAAGACUUGUGUCUCUCAUCUGAUAUUCACUUUGCAAUAAAAAUAUGUAUUCAUACAGAACCAUGUCUCUCCUGAAUCUCUUUUGAGUUGUUGUCGGUGCUUGGGUU